CAGAGCAAGGAUAAUUGAAGAAACGUGUAAAAAAAUGUACAUAAGAAUUAUUUUAAAUUAUUAAGUAAUUCAUGAAACAGUUUUAGGGGAAAAGAACAAGGAUAGACUUAUCGAGUCAUUGUUUUAUAUACCUUCCUCAUGGCUUAUCAGAAUUAUCAUAAAAAUGUUCCUCCAAACAUUAUACCUCAAAAGCGCUUGAUAUACGAAAAAUAUAAUCAUCCCAAGUUGAUAAAACCAUUAUCUUUAGAAUAUAUUAAAGCUGCAAAAGCCAUAAGUAUAGUUGACAAGGAAAAUGUGACGAUACAAGAUAUUCUUGAUCCAAGUAAAAGUAGAUUCGUUAGUGAUGUGUACAAUUUAGCGUCGUUAGCUAUUCAGCGAAGUUCAGAAAUAAAUUUUCUUCUAUUCAAAUUUGAAAUAUUGACAAACAAUGAAUUUUUGGAUCCAUGGAUAGCAAGAGUUUUAAUAGCUGAAUUAUUAUGGGGUAAACAAUAUCUAAAAUCAAAUGCAAAAGAAGCAGAGACUAUCAAGUAUUAUGAAGAAAAUUUAAGAGAAGCAUAUGCAGAAGUGACAAGUGUUAUAUAUAAUCCACUCGAUAACAAUAAACUUAAACUACCAAUUUACGUUCGCAUUAAUACAUUAACAAUAUCGAUAGAAGAUACUCUGCGUGCAUUUUGUAAAGAAGGAUGGAAUCUCUUACCUCGUUGUAAUUCAUAUUUAGAUUACUUAAAUACAUUAACGAAUUUAUGUAAAAAUGAUUUUGUUAGAGAUUAUCAUAUUUCUGAACUUCUUGCAUUUCCACCAGGAACUAUACUUUACAAUCAUCCUGGUUAUAUAAAAGGCAAAUUUUUGUUACAAGACAAGGGAAGCUGUCUGUCCAGUUUUUUACUAAAUCCAAAGCGGAACUCAUUUGUUUUAGAUUUAUGUGCUGCUCCUGGCAUCAAAUCUAAUCACCUCGCUAAUAUAAUGGGAAAUAGCGGAUUAAUUUAUUCGAAUGACAUUCAUUCGGCUAGGCACGACGCUUUAUGUAACCUGCUACAAUUAACCGAUGUUAAAAAUGUGAAAACAUUGCAACAUGACUUCUUAAAUAUUAAUAUUAGUCAUUAUGAAAAUAUUAAAUAUAUUUUAGUCGAUCCUACUUGCACGUACUCUGGAAUAUUUUUCGAAGCUAAUAAAAGUAGCCAGAAAGGUCGAAUACAACAUUUUCAAUAUUUGUUAAGUAUGAUACUUAGAUAUACUCUUCAAACAUUUCCAAAUGUCAAAAGAGUUGUAUACACAACUUGCUCCGUGUAUGCGGAAGAAGGAGAAAUUGUUAUAGAUGAUGUACUCGAUGAAAUAGGUAAUUCGUAUUAUCUACUCGAUAUCAAAGAAAUGUUAUGGAACGAAUGGGAGAGUGUAAGUUCUGUGGAGUAUGCUUGUGGUGAUAAAUGUUUACGAAUUGUGCCAGAAUUUGACCUCUGUCAAGGUUACUUCAUAGCAGUAUUUGAAAGAAACUUCGAUGUCCAAGUUCCACCAUUCGUUAAAAGAUUUAAGAAAAAACAAAGAUGAAUAGCGAUAAUAAUAUAGUAUACUUGUAGGUGAUAAUGAACUUUCUCUGCAAUUUGUUGCAUUCGAUUCGUGGCGAACAGAUAUAUUAGAUUACAAUUGAAAAUAAAAGUCGUAAAAUUAUCAUUAAGACAAUUAUAUUAAAUUCGUAA